AUGUCAUUUAAGAAGAAAGCAAGCCGUGCCAAAAUUUCUCGUUCGUUGGAUUUAGUUAGAGUUAGAGUUUAUUGGUUAGGAUGUCUUGAAGGAGCGGUGAUCAUAAAUUAUACUGAUCUUUUAAAUAAUGUUGAUUUAUUUGAUGCUAUCGAGGAAGCAUUCGGUUCAAAACCACAUUGUCUUGGAUUAUUAUUGGUGAAAAAUCUUCCUCAAUCAUAUAUGAAGAAACGUGCUCGUUUAUUACGUUUAUCUUCGAUUUUCGCUGCCUUACCUGAGGAAGUUAAAGAAAAGGUUGUUGAUGAACAAGGUUAUUACUUGUCUGGGUGGAGCUACGGUAAAGAAGUUUUCGACGGUAAGAAAGAUACAUCGAAAGGAUCGUAUUAUGGGAAUCCGAAAUUUGAUUUUCCUAACGUGACCGAAGAACAAUUGAAAGAGUUUCCAAUGUACUGUCGUCCAAAUCUUUGGCCAAGGGAAGAUCUUCCAGAAUUUGAAGUAGCAUUUAAAGAUUUGGGAUGUUUCAUCAUUGAUGUUGGAAAACUCGUUGCUCGCGCGUGUGAUUCGUUUGUCUCGACUAGGCUAUCGAAAUCAGAACCGAAUUAUUUAGAAAGGAUCAUCGACGAAUCACAAACCAUCAAGGGUCGACUUUUGCAUUAUUUUCCUAUUAAAGAAACGAAUCAAAAGAAUGUUUUGAAAGAUAUUGAUGAUUCUUGGUGCGGAUGGCAUGUCGAUCACUCAUCGCUUACAGGUUUGACAUCAGCGAUGUAUGUUGAUGAACGUGAUCCUACCUACACUGAAAUCGAAUGUCCAGACAAACGAGCAGGGCUUUACAUUAAAAAUCGUCAUAAUGAGAUUAUCAGAACUUCAAUACCAAAAGAUUGUUUAGCCUUUCAACUUGGUGCGGCCAUGCAAUUAGCUUCAGCUGAAAAUCUUCGAGCGACCCCUCACAUGGUUACGGGUAUUACUCCUGAUUUUCAAAGUGAUGUCCCGCUUAAUUUUAUAGCCAGAAAUACUUUUGCAGUGUUCAUGCAACCAUCCUUGGAAGAAAAG